AUGGUGGCUGAAGAAGAAUCGAAUAAUCAAGGGCGGAGAACAAGGUAUCGUGACUCUAUUCUUGGUCACAAUAUUGUCAAUCGUAAUAGAAAGGAAAGUGCGUUAAGAUUAUAUAAUGAUUAUUUUGCUAAAAAUCCUAAAUUCACUAAAAGUCAAUUUCGAAGAAGAUUUAGGAUGAGUCGUCGUCUUUUUCUUCGGAUCGCAAAUGCAGUGGAAGCUCAUAAUCCAUAUUUCAAACAAAGAACAGAUACUCUUGGUGUUCUUGGUUUAUCUUGCCUUCAAAAGGUAACUGCAGCUCACUUAAUACUUGCAUAUGAUAUUCUUGCAGAUCUUACUGAUGAAUAUCUUCGAAUUGGAGAAACCACUGCGAUAGAAAGUCUUAGAGCUUUCGUCAAGGCAAUCGUAGAAGUUUUUGGUGAUUGGUAUUUAAGGGCACCAAAAGAGGCCGAUAUGUAUCGAUUAUUAUCAAUUGGAGAGCAGCGUGGAUUUCCAGGGAUGUUAGGGAGCAUUGACUAUAGGAUUUAUCCUAAUUGGUCAACCUUUGUUAAGACAAUCCUAAGACCAUUAGGAGCAAAGAGAAAAUAUUCUGCAAGCAAGCAAGAGUCUGCAGGAAAGGAUGUGGAGUGGGCAUUUGGGGUGCUCCAAUCUCGUUUUGCAAUUGUACGUGGACAUGUUCGAUACUGGGAUGAAGAAACGCUUGCAAAUAUUAUAAAAGCUUGCAUAAUAAUGCAUAAUAUGAUUAUUGAGGAUGAAGGAGCAAUGAACCUUGGAUUUGACUAUGAAUGUGAAGUCAAUUUCUUUAUAUCAAUGUCACAUGGUGAAAUACCAGAACUAUAUGAUUUUCUUCAAACUCAGAAUUGA